AUGGCUACUCCGCUUCACAACAACUGGUGUGGUGCUUUAUGGUGUUGUGUGGUGUUGUGUGAUGUUGUGUGGUGUUGUGUGGUGUUGUGUGGUGUUGUAUGGUGUGUUAUGGUGUUGUGUGGUGUUGUGUGGUGUUGUGUGGUGUUGUAUGCUGUGGGGGAGGAGGAGGCGGAGGGAGGGAAGGGGGGGCACAGCGUCCAACGGCUUUAUCACAACACAGCAGUGAAGAGUGUGCAACAGGAGGGAGUUAUCGACAGCUCGGGCAGAGGGAAAAACAUGAGGAAUCCAAUCAAUACUCUUAUCUGCAGCGAGAGCUAA